AUGCUCAGCAUGACCAACAACGACAUCUCAUCCGCUCGCGAUCUAACACUCGAGGACGACGGCAUAGAAGUUGUUGAGUCCUCUACGGCUACCACAGCGACUGUCAAGCAAGAGACCACGCCCGCUGCUGAACACCAGCCGAGUCCAACCAACAGUGACUCCAGCGGCAAGCCCGACACAGCCACUCAACUCCUCCAAUACAUUGGUCACUACGCAGGGAAGAAGCUCCGAAACUCCCUCGCACGUGCACCCACCGGCACUCACCUCAAGGAACUGACCAAGCUCGCCGACUAUCCCUACGGCGAAGGCACCAACAUGCCCAGAGCCGACGCCAAGACCAAAGCAAUGGCCGACCCACUCCCAAGCCAUCACUUUCGACCAGACUAUUUCCGACAAGAGUCGGAAGAAGAGAAAGUUUUGAGAGUCUGGAUCCCCCUUGACCCAAACGAGAAUCCCAACCCCAAUCUCCGGCAAACUCAGAUCCCCUCCGUUAACCACUGGUCCCGUCCGUCCAUUAUCUCAUUAAUCAACACCGAAAUCUCGCUAACACGCCAAGUCUUCGACAUCAUGCAAGCACAACCAGAUCGGUAUCCCACAGUCUCGAAACUCCACGCUGCGAGCAUCCUCUCAAGUAUCAUGGGAGAUUCUUCGGAUCCUAUGAAGGAUUUGAGGGCAUCUCAUGCCAUUUUGGGGUUGAGACUGAAGGGCGUGGAAGUUUGUGAGUGGGUGGAAGAUUUUGAAAGAGUCGAGGUUCAUUGGGAGGAUUUGGCGGGCAAGAUGGGGUUCCCAGAGGUGGAGGACAUGAAGAGGUAUUUCGAAGGAUUGGAGAGGGACAGAAAACUGUAUGUCACUGGGUAG